UAGUCGUCGUCGUCGUCGUCGUCCGCGUCGUCGUGGCUUCCACUUUAACUAAAUAAAACAAAUUAAGCGCUCGCGCAACGUCAACGCAAAACGUGUACAAAAAAAAUAAAAAAAAUUAACGAAGAGGAAACUCGAAAUAAAAAAGUAGAAAUCAACAGUAAAAAAUCUGUAAAUCUGCACAAACGACUGAACGGGCAGCCACAUUCAAAUUAACAACGCACAAAGUUCAGACUUUAAACCAUGGCCAGUGAGCAGCCACCAAUUGAUGGAGUAGCAGCUGCUGCCGCUGCCGCUGUCGCUGCCGGCGGCGAUGAGCCAUUCCUCGGCCUGCUGGAUAUCGCGCUGCUGGCGGUGCUGAUCGGCGGCGCGGCCUUUUACUUUUUGCGCAGCCGCAAGAAGGAGGAGGAGCCCGCACGCAGCUACUCCAUACAGCCCACCACAGUGAGCACGACCACGGCGACGGAUAAUUCGUUUAUCAAGAAACUGAAGACCUCCGGUCGCAGUCUGGUCGUCUUUUAUGGCUCGCAGACGGGCACGGGCGAGGAAUUCGCCGGACGUUUGGCCAAAGAAGGCAUCAGGUAUCGGCUCAAGGGCAUGGUGGCCGAUCCCGAGGAAUGCGAUAUGGAGGAACUGCUGCAGCUCAAGGAUAUCGAGAACUCAUUGGCCGUCUUUUGUUUGGCCACCUACGGCGAGGGCGAUCCCACCGAUAACGCCAUGGAGUUCUACGAAUGGAUCACCAAUGGCGACGUUGACCUAACGGGCCUGAACUAUGCGGUCUUUGGCCUAGGCAACAAAACCUACGAGCACUACAACAAAGUGGCUAUCUAUGUUGACAAGCGUCUAGAGGAGCUUGGCGCCAACCGCGUCUUCGAGCUGGGUCUGGGCGAUGACGAUGCCAACAUUGAGGAUGACUUCAUCACGUGGAAGGAUCGCUUCUGGCCCGCCGUCUGUGAUCACUUUGGCAUUGAGGGCAGCGGUGAGGAGGUGCUGAUACGCCAGUAUCGUUUGCUCGAACAGCCCGAUGUGCAGCCGGAUCGCAUUUACAGCGGCGAAAUUGCGCGUCUGCAUUCCAUGCAAAAUCAGCGGCCACCGUUUGAUGCUAAGAAUCCAUUCCUGGCUCCCAUACGCGUCAAUCGUGAGCUGCACAAGGGCGGCGGUCGCUCGUGCAUGCACAUCGAGCUUAAUAUUGAGGGCUCCAAGAUGCGCUACGAUGCCGGCGAUCAUGUGGCCAUGUAUCCCAUCAAUGACAAGUCGCUCGUAGAGAAACUCGGUCAGUUGUGCAAGGCUGACUUGGAUACGGUGUUCUCGUUGAUCAACACCGAUACGGACAGCAGCAAGAAGCAUCCAUUCCCCUGCCCCACCACCUAUCGCACUGCGCUGACGCACUAUUUGGAAAUAACUGCUAUUCCGCGCACACACAUACUCAAGGAGCUGGCCGAGUACUGCACCGACGAGUCCGAAAAGCAAAUGCUGCGCAGCAUGGCCUCCCUGACGCCGGAGGGCAAGGAGAAGUACCAGAGCUGGAUACAGGAUGCCUGUCGCAAUGUGGUGCACAUACUGGAAGAUAUCAAGUCCUGUAAGCCGCCUCUAGAUCAUGUGUGUGAGCUGUUGCCACGCCUACAGCCGCGUUACUAUUCCAUUUCGUCGUCGGCCAAGCUACAUCCAACUGAUGUGCAUGUAACUGCUGUGCUGGUCGAAUAUAAAACGCCCACGGGUCGUGUUAAUAAGGGCGUGGCCACCACAUAUCUAAAGCACAAACAGCCCAAGGAUGGCGCCGAGGAGGUCAAGGUGCCGGUGUUCAUACGCAAAUCACAGUUCCGACUGCCCACUAAGCCGGAGACGCCCAUCAUUAUGGUGGGUCCGGGCACCGGCUUGGCGCCCUUCCGUGGCUUCAUCCAGGAGCGCCAGCAUUUGCGUGAUGAGGGCAAAACAGUCGGCGAGUCGGUGCUUUACUUUGGCUGCCGCAAGCGCAGCGAAGACUACAUCUACGAGGCGGAGCUCGAGGAGUGGGCCAAAAAGGGCACGCUCACCCUGAAGACGGCCUUCUCACGCGACCAGGCGAAGAAGAUUUAUGUGCAGCACUUGCUGGAACAGGAUGCGGAUCUAAUAUGGGAUGUGAUUGGUGAAAAAAAGGGACACUUUUACAUCUGCGGCGAUGCCAAGAACAUGGCCGUGGACGUUAGAAAUAUUCUAACGAAAAUUCUGUCCACAAAGGGCAACAUGAGUGAGGCGGAUGCUGUCCAGUAUCUGAAAAAGAUGGAGGCCCAGAAACGCUACUCGGCCGAUGUGUGGAGCUAAUCGCGGCGCGAAUACCAUUCGCCCCACUCUCACUCCAGAUGAGUCACAGUCGCGGAACAAUGAAAGCAAUGAAAACAAGAAAGAACAACUAAAAGCCACACGUUAACGUAAGCGAAAAGUCGUUGUAGUUAAUUAAGCUAUAUGAAUUAAUUAUAUAUGAAAUUGGUUUGGGAA